AUGAGCCAACAACAAGAAUCGGCACCUCUCAACGCUUCCUACUAUUCUAAAAAUCAAGACAAUGUUCCGUUUGUGAUUAAUAGUGAUGAAGGAGGAUAUGAAGUAAAUCCACAAAUAACAAUAGUUGAUGCAGAGAGUGAUAAAAAGGCCUUUUGGUUAUUUGUGCUCGGAUUUCCAAUCUUUUUCUUACCGCUGUGGAUUGUUUGCUGUAUUCUCUAUGCCCGAUCGAAGAGUGAAAAGGCAAAGAAAUAUGGAGUGAUGAGUGGAUAUUUUGUAAUUUUUAACUUUGCAUUUUGGGUACUGGUGAUCCAAUUUGUUAUCGUUCCUCUGGCCAUGAUGUACUCAAAGUAA